GCUGAACGCUCCAACAGGCGCCAUCGGCCCAUUGGCAUCGGCGUGCAGGGUCUGGCAGAUGCUUUCAUCUUGAUGCGGUACCCCUUUGAAAGCCCUGAGGCCCAGCGCUUGAACCAGCAAAUUUUUGAGACCAUUUAUUAUGGUGCUUUGGAAGCCAGCUGUGAACUUGCCAAGGAGCAAGGGCCGUACGAAACGUAUGAGGGUUCUCCUGUCAGCAAAGGAGUUCUUCAGUAUGACAUGUGGAAUGUCACCCCAUCUGAUCUUUGGGACUGGAAGACUUUAAAGGAGAAGAUCGCUAAAUACGGCGUCAGAAACAGCCUUCUCCUUUCUCCCAUGCCAACUGCUUCUACCGCUCAGAUCUUGGGCAAUAACGAAUCCAUCGAGCCCUACACCAGUAACAUCUACACACGCCGAGUCCUCUCCGGAGAGUUUCAGGUUGUGAAUCCGCACUUGCUGAAAGAUCUCACAGAGAGGGGCCUGUGGAAUGAGGAGAUGAAAAACCAAAUCAUUGCCCACAAUGGCUCUAUCCAGAAUAUCCCUGAGAUUCCUGAGGACUUGAAGCAGCUCUAUAAGACAGUGUGGGAGAUUUCCCAGAAAAAAAAGAUGGCAGCAGACAGAGGAGCGUUCAUUGACCAGAGCCAGUCUCUCAACAUCCACAUCGCAGAACCCAACUACGGCAAACUCACCAGCAUGCACUUCUAUGGGUGGAAGCAGGGUCUGAAGACUGGCAUGUACUACCUAAGGACCAAACCGGCUGCUAACCCCAUCCAGUUCACCCUCAACAAAGAGAAACUCAGAGAGCGGGAGAAGGCCUCCAGGGACGAGGAGAAGGAGAGGAACAAAGCAGCCAUGGUGUGCUCCCUGGAGAACCGGGAUGAGUGUAUAAUGUGCGGCUCCUAAAGGAUCUGCAGCGCCAGCAAAGCCGUUCCGCCUGCCUGGAGUCCUGCUGAGAUAGCAGCAGCUAGUGUAACGUCAGGAGGUAGCGGCUUGCUGGCCCUGUGGCCGGAGGGCGGUCACCAUAGCGUAUCAUAUUCCCCAUCCCGUCAGGGUUGGUGCAGAGGUAUGGAUAGGCUGCAUAAGAAGUUUGUAUUUUGCUUUAGUAGCUGGGCUUCC